AUGUCGAACCCGGCCGUCGGAAACGUCUACCAAGCCAUCAUUGACGAGGUUGUCAAUAGCUCGCGAGUUGAUUUCGAGGAGAGCGGCGUUGAAGAAUCAGUGCUAGAGGAGCUGCGACAGGAAUGGCUGAAAGAAGCCCAUGUCAUCAACAAAGACGAGUGUCGAUGUGUUUCAAAUCCGCAUACCAUCAUAUUCCACGAGUAUGGCGAGACCAAAGACAGCAGGUUCUGUCAAGUGGCAGAAUUCUCUUUCGAGAUGGCCUCUAGAGCUGAAGAUCGACUCAUGGUCGAAGCGGAGCGCAUCGCAGGCAGCAUGGCGAAGGGGGGGCAGAGGGAGUUGGCGGGUUACGGGGAGGGUGAGGGGGGCGACACAGCACUAUUUGGGUCUUUUAAGCCCAUAGCCCCUGCUGCGAAUGCCACUUACCUUGUGACUCCUUCCGCCGACGCCCGCUGCUUUCUGAUUGGCUCGCUCGAACUUUAUCUCCCCCCUCCAUCAUCUCAUAUCCACUUGUUCACGCCAAAUUAUCCUAUCACUACCACAGCACACCUUUCUUACACUUGCACUGCCUCGCCUCUUGUCCACUCACCUAUUUGGCUGCCUGUUCUCUUCCAUUUUGCUUAUCAAAUCCAAACUUACUGUGAUUUGCACAUAUUGUCUCUAAUUGUGCCUGUUCUUUCACUGCUUCACCAAUGGCUAACAUGGCUUCAAAACCAGGGAUGGCAGCAAAAGCUCACUCAGCUUAAUGUCGCUCAGUUCCCUUGGGACCCUAAGCCAGACCCCCCCGCACAAGCUCCCCCGGCUGCUCUUCCACCAAUUCAGACUCAUGCUCAGGCUCAGUUCUCGCCUCAGCUAAGCAAUCCAACAGGCCUUUCUUUACCGGGAAUGGCCCAACCCCAGGUGCAGAAUGGUAUCAAGCCCGAAGGCAACAAUAUCAAGACCGAGCCUCAUGUAGCGAUCAAGCAAGAACCCGGCUUACAGGGUAACCCGAUGGCCUACCAACAGUACAAUAACAACACCAAUAUCAAUAUGAAUGACAACAAUGUAGCUGCCAAUCGUGCUGCCCAGCAAUUGCAGGCUCAGUAUGGACAUCGAGCGGCCAGCUCUAUCAACGCCCUUCACCAGCAACAAGGCCACUCUCAGCAGAACCAGCAACAACAGCAACAGCCAGCUCUACCGCAGCCACAUCAGCAGCAACAGCCCGGCCUGACCCAGCAACAACAACACCAGCACCAGAUGUAUCGUCAGCAGAUGGCCGCCACAACUGCCCAACAGCAACACCAGCACCCGGCCAACGGCCAGCCCCACAUUCAAAACGGCCAGACUGAUGGCGCGGGCGAUCUGGAAGAGUUUGAGGGUGUACUCAUGCAACGAGCUGCUGAUGGCAAUUUGCAUGAACUCGGGCGAGUUGAGAUCGACCGUAUGCUGCAUGAACAAAUCCUUGCCAAGGCCAAGAGCAUGGAGGGCGGCGGUCUGAUGCUUCCUUUGAAAGAGGCAACUCGAACUUCCCCGGUCCCGACAUCACGCAUGGUCGAGGGCAAGCAACCUGCCGCAUACGAUGGUGGUGAUGAUGACGACGAAGAGGAUGAGGACGCCAUCAACUCUGACCUUGAUGACCCAGAAGAGGACCGAGACGAUGAUGAUGUUGAUGACGAGGGGCUUGGCAAUAUCAUGCUGUGCAUGUAUGACAAGGUGCAGCGGGUCAAGAACAAGUGGAAGUGCACUCUUAAGGAUGGGGUUUUGACAGUCAACGGCAAGGAGUAUGUCUUUCACAAGGCUACUGGUGAAUACGAGUGGUGA